GGGAGUUAGGCUCUUCUGGUCUUGAGAAUCGGGUUCAGCCAAGGAAAGCUAGCAUUUUAUGUUGUUGACCAAAUAAUGAAUGAUACCAGAUGUGGGAAAGCAAAAGUAUGUAAUUAAAAUAUUUUAAUAUGAGGGUGAGUCUAAGGCAAUGAUGCUCUACAUUUCUAAAGACAUCCUGGUGGUCUGGGAGAUGGCUCAGUGGAUAAAGCUCUGAACUCUCAAGCAUGAGGUCAUGAGUUCAAGCCCCAGCAGCACAUGUACCAGGGUGAUACCUGGUUCUUUCUCCUAUCUUUCUCAUUAAUAAACAAAAUCUUUAAAAAAAAAAAAAUCCUGAAAAAUGCAGCUUAUGAAGAAAAAGUUGUGUCAGUGGUGGCCCGGUGAAGCAAUCUCUAAGGGAGUUGCCAACCUACUAUGCCCACGCCGUUCUCGCUAACUGCCUUUGCUUUUAAGGAGGGUCGCAGCCUUCAUCGCUUUUCAUCGCGAGAGUGAGUGGGAUUAGAUGUCGGGGGAGGAGCCCGUGGGAGAUGACUGACAAGUGAUUGGUCACACGUGGUCCCGCGCUCCAGGCUGGGACUAAACGCGCUCCAGGGUCCCGACUCCGCCAGCUUUACCCGCGGCCGAGUCCUCAUGCUGCCCGCACGUCUGGCUGGCAGGUUGCUGACCCCCUUCUUGCGGGGAUCCGCUCUCGCUGUGCACUGCCAUGGCCGCCAGUCGCGGGUUGCCUCUUCUACCCAGCACCUUUCGGGCCAGGACCGUGGGCAUCCUAGAGGCCCAACGGCGACUAGGACUUACGAAGGAGGGCCCGACCUGCAGGAGCAUUUUUUCUUCCCGGAAUACGUGCUGGAGCCCGAACCCGAACCGAACUUGGAGGAUCAGGUGCGGGAGCUGCUGCAGAGGCAGGAGGAGGAGGAGCGGCAGCAGCAGCAGCGGCGGGAGGAGCGGCGACAGCAGAAGCUAGCAGCCAGACUCUGGGAGCCGCGGGCAGUGGAGCCCUCGGACCUGGUCGUGCCGCCCAGCGGCGUGUUCUGCCCAGGCUGCGGGGCGGAGCUGCACUGCCAGCAUCCCGAGCUGCCAGGCUACCUACCCAGCGAGAAGUUCCGCGGCGCCGUGGAGCAGGCAAGCGGCGGGCUGUCGCGGGUCGUGUGCCAGCGCUGCUGGCUGCUGGUGCAUCACCGGCGCGCUCUGCGCUUGCAGGUGAGCCACCAACAGUACCUGGAGCUGGUGAGCUCCGCGCUUCGGCGGCCCGGACCCGCCCUGGUCCUCUACAUGGUGGACCUGCUCGAUCUCCCCGAUGCCCUGCUGCCCGACCUGCCCGCGCUGGUGGGCCCCAAGCAGAUAAUCGUGCUGGGGAACAAGUUGGAUCUGUUGCCUCAAGACAGCCCCAACUACAGGAAGCGGCUCCGGGAGCGACUGUGGGAUGACUGUACCCGAGCGGGGCUCCUGCCGCACCCUCAUCAUCACAGAAAGUCACCUAACCCGGGCGGGGACAGGCGGGAUGGUGCUGAUCCACCGGCCGGGGCCCCCCCGUUGCUCAGGGACGUGCGGCUGAUCAGUGCCAAGACGGGCUACGGGGUUGAAGAGCUGAUCUCCGCGCUGCAGAGCUCCUGGCGCUACCGUGGCGACGUGUACUUGGUGGGCGCCACCAACGCGGGCAAGUCCACUCUCUUCAACACGCUGCUGGAGUCCGACUACUGCAUCGCCAAGGGCGCGGAGGCUAUCGACCGUGCCACCAUCUCCUCUUGGCCAGGUACUACAUUAAAUCUUCUUAAGUUUCCUAUUUGCAACCCAACUCCAUACAGAAUGUUUAAAAGGCAAAAACGGCUUAAUAAAGAUGCAGCUAAAGCUGAAGAAGAUCUUGGUCAACGAGAACAGAAUCAACUUAAUCUCUUGAAAAAGCACAGUUAUGUAGUAGGGAGAGUUGGAAGAACCUUCUCAUAUUCAAAAAAACAGGAGGAGGAAGCUGACUUUGAGUUUGAUGCUGACUCUCUUGCCUUUGACAUGGGAAAUGAGCCUGUUAAAGUUGCUGAAAAGUCCAUCAAGCGAGUAGAAUUGACCCCACAAGAUGUGAAAGAUGCCCACUGGUUUUAUGAUACCCCUGGAAUUACAAAAGAAAAUUGUAUUUUAAAACUGCUAACAGAAAAAGAAGUAAGCAUUGCUUUGCCCACAUAUUCUAUUAUUCCAAGAACAUUUGUGCUUAAACCAGGAAUGGUAUUGUUUUUGGGAGCCUUAGGCCGUAUAGAUUUUCUGCAGGGAAAUCAAUCAGCUUGGUUUACAGUUGUGGCUUCCAACUUCCUUCCCGUGCAUAUUACUUCUUUAGACAAGGCAGAGGCUGUAUACCAGAAACAUGCAGGUCAUACUUUACUCAAGGUUCCAAUGGGUGGAGAAGAACGAAUGGCAGAAUUUCCCCCUCUUGUUGCCGAAGACAUUAUAUUAGAUGAAGGACUUGAAGUAACUGAAGCAGUAGCUGACAUCAAGUUUUCCUCUGCAGGUUGGGUUGCAGUGACACCUCACUUUAAGGACAAAUUGCAUCUCCGUGGCUACACACCUCAAGGAACAGUUCUUACAGUUAGACCCCCUCUCUUGCCACAUAUUGUCAAUAUCAAAGGAGAACGAAUCAAAAGAAGUCCAGCCUAUAGAACCAUGAGGCCUCCUUCCCUUGUGUACAAUCUGCGGAAUACAAAGAAAAAGUAGACAAAUAAAACUUUUUUAAUUCUACAGUGUAUACGUGUAUGUACCUAAAUCUACCUAAAAAGUUCAAGAUUUGGGAGUCGGGCUAUAGCGCAGCGGGUUAAGCACAGGUGGCGCAAAGCACAAGGACCGGCAUAAGGACCCUGGUUCGAACCCCAGCUCCCCACCUGCAGGGGAGUCGCUUCACAGGCGGUGAAGCAGGUCUGCAGGUGUCUAUCUUUCUCUCCUCCUCUCUGUCUUCCUCUCCUCUCUCCAUUUCUCUCUGUCCUAUCCAACAACGACAACAACAAUAAUAACUACAACAAUAAAACAACAAGGGCAACAAA